GCUUCCUCAUUCGGGAGAAGUGGCAACGAGAGCUGCUUUUACUGUUCGGUCAAUGUCGUAUACAUGUAGUGUGAACGGCAAAAAUUCCACCUUCACUAAGCCUGAUGCUUCCCGUUUAUUUGUCGUUGAUUGCAUCGUCUUUAUUUAAACGGAAUUCUUUUCCAGCUCGGUCAAUCUAUUGUUAUGAAUGUGACUCAUGGACAGACGCUCGCUGCAAAGAUCCAUUUAACUACACGGCUUUGCCGAGAGACCAGCCACCAUUGAUGACGUGUAAUGGAUGUUGUGUGAAAAUGGUUCGCCAUUCGAAAUCACCAUACGAGGUAGUGCGUAGAAUGUGUACAUCACAGUUGCAAAUAAACUUAUUUAUGGUUGAUCAUGUGUGCAUGAUGGAAAGUUCGGGAAAGGGCCAUAUGUGUUUUUGUGAGGAAGAUAUGUGUAAUUCAAGUCCUGGCUUAUUAACGAAUAAUAAUACGCGAAGAAUAACUAUAUUUGGAAUAAUUCUGAUAGCAAUUUCACUAAUAUACUCCCAUCUUCAUCAGAGAUAAGUCAUUAAAAAAAUAUUUAUAUGCAAUUGAUACGACAAUAUGUGGAGGCACAGUCAUUGUGUCGAGGAUAAUGUUUAAAUUGGAUAUAUCUAUUUGUGACCGAAUCUAAACUGUUACACUUAUAUCAUGUUAGUAAAAGAGAGAUUUUCGUUUUGUUGACACACUAUCAAUCAACUAUUUUAUUUAUGUGAAACGAAUUUAUUUGCAUUACAUAACACAUCAUUCAACAAAUUAACUGUGUACAAUGCCAAAUAUUUGGAUCUGGUAGCGAGGGUCACGACUUAAUAUUGAAGCGUGACCAUUUCGAGUAGUUCGAUGCAUAAAAGAAAUUGCUAAAAAUACAAUGCAUUGAAAUGACGUUGUUUUACGAUAGUAUACGAGUCGUCGGUGAGUUUGGCAAUAGCGUUCAGGUGAGUUUUUCGUUACGUACAUCAAACAAGACUUUAGUUUCCUUAACUUCGAAAUUAUAGUCCUUGCUAUCUCCUCAGGAACCGACUUGUUGAACUUUUAGUUUUUUGGUUUUUGUCCAACCCUAAUCUAUUUGCAUUUGUAUAAGUAUAAAUGCCCUCAGCAGUAUGUGCACUUUGCGUAUACUUGAACAUAUUCAGUUCUGUACAAACAACCGUGCAAUAAAGCUGUUCACUAAAAUCGAAACUCACUGCGUUCUAAUUCAAAGUCAAAAGGUUAUGGGCCCAUCUGAUUGUUCGUAUCGAUGUACGACAGUGUGAAGAAACCAUCAUGAAACUUUUCACGUAUAAAGUUGUACAUGACAUCGAUAUGCUUUGAGCGCUUGUGAAAUUCCAUGUUCUUGAUGAGCCGAAUGGCACUCUGAUUGUCAACCAAUAACAAAGGAUUUUGAAUUUUCGACCAAAUAUCGACCAUCAAUCAUUAAUGGAAUCACUCAAAAUUAAAACAUUUGCGUAAAAAUUCAGUUUGAACUACUCAAAUUUUAAGCGUUUUCUGUUUUUGUUUAUGUGUCUUAAGAAGUGAGUGGUUUCUAUUGUCGCCAAUUUUCAAAUCUUGUUCUUCAUAUCUAAUUACGUAAGUGAACCGGACUCAAUUAUAACGUUUCCGCUGACUUCAUCAUAAAAUUCAAUUUACCACAAGAUGGGCAAUAUAAUAAGUAAGUUGCUGUGAUAUGAGCUGUUUCACGGCGUUUAAUAACAUUGAUUUUGGGUUACUCGUGUAUCAUACUACUUUGAUGAAUUUCAAUGCUACUAAGCAAAGACAACAACCUCAGCUCGUCUACCUGUGCAUUCUUCCACAGCAACAGUUCCCAUUUCAACCAUUUUUUCAAUAAAUUCCUCGAGAGUCUACCUGUGCAUUCUUCCACAGCAACAGUUCCCAUAUCAACCAUUUUUUCAAUAAAUUCCUCGAGAGCCUGCCACCAGUCGAGAGUUAAUUAUAGUAAUCUCUGUUAUAAUCAGAAGCUAUUUUUGGGAAAAUGUUUUCCUAUUUUUCCUAAAUUUAACAACAUUUUCCUUUAUUUUUCUAAAUUUUCCAGAA